GCCUCCAGAGCACCAGCAAGGCACUGGCACACAGGCACCUAUGGCAAAUGAUGUGCAAGUCCCGCUGUCCCCGCUGAAAGGGCGCCACCCUCCAGCAGUGAAAGCUGGAGGAAUGCGAAUUUCCAAAAAACAAGAAAUGGGCGUUUUGGAAAGACACACCAAAAAAACAGGACUGGAGAAAACAAGUGCCAUCCCAAACGUUGCCAAAAUACAGAUGCUGGAUGCUCUGAAUGACACACUGGACAAGCUCAACCAUAAAUUUCCAGCAACAGUUCACAUGGCACAUCAAAAACCCACACCUGCUCUAGAGAAGGCUGCUCCACUGAAGAGGGCCUACAUUAUCCAACAGCCUCGGAAAUGAUAGGCCAGGAUGUAAAACUCAGCCAUCUGGUCAACCUUCCCAUGGUCUGCCGGUUCAGCAAAAAUGGCCAACACUCCCUGUAGGCCUACUUUCCCUUGUUUGGUAAAUAAAGCAACUUUUGUAUCUUCCCUUUUUACUUAGAUAAUAAAGCAUAAACCCAAUACA